AAAAUCGGGUGGUACGGAGAUCGUGCGUGCUGGUUCUCGCCUCUCUCUCUCCCCUUCCCUCCCUCUACAGAUAGAGAAAGCGAAAGAAAAACAUAAAGCUAACAAAUCGUCAACUCUGUAAUGUAUUAUCAAACGAAGAAAUACUUCAUAUAUACAUUCCCCUAACCCUUACCUUUCUCUCACUAAAACCAUGGGAUUUUGGAAGUUUUACUGUACUAUUAUUACCAGUUAGUAGUGCUCAGAUCUGAAGUUGAAGCUCUUGACUCGAUCUCGUUCCUGUUCUAACUACUCCCAAACUUCGGCAUUGCAUUUCUAAAAUAGGUAUUAUUGGGAGUGAAGCAUUUUAGUUGUACAGACAUGGCAAAAUCUAGGAUGCACUUUGCGGCGCAAGACGUAUUAACAUCAUCUCCCUCAGCAAUAAGGUCAAAGGAAUGGGAGGGUCCAACAAGGUGGAAUGAAUACUUAGGUCCAGAAAUGGCCCCUAGAUUAAAUGGUGGAGACGGUGCUACAAGCCAGAGCUCAAGCGGGUCAUCACAUAAGGGUUUGAACAUGCAAUGGUUGUACCAGCUCACGCAAGUAGCCGAAGGACUGAUGGUGAAAAUGUAUAGACUAAAUCAAAUUUUGGAUUACCCUGAUUUAGUCAGUCAUAUCUACUCAGAAGCAUUUUGGAAAUCAGGCGUGUUCCCUAACCAUCCCAAAAUUUGUAUUUUACUCGUGAAGAAGUUUCCUGAACAUCACAGCAAGUUACAGCUAGAACGGGUUGAUAAAUUUGCUUUGGAUGCUAUGGUGGAUAGUGCAGAAGUUCAUAUACAAAGCUUGGAACCAUGGAUUCAACUGCUCCUUGACCUGAUGGCAUUUCGAGAGCAAGCUUUGCGGCUCAUAUUGGAUUUAAGCAGCACUGUUAUUACCUUGCUGCCCCACCAAAAUUCUCUCAUACUACAUGCCUUUAUGGACCUCUUUUGCUCCUUUGUUCGUGUUAAUCUAUUUUCUGAGAAGGUACCAAGAAAAAUGAUGUUGCAAACCUACAAUAUGUUGCAUGCUAUGGCAAGAAAUGACCGAGAUUGUGAUUUUUACCACCGAUUAAUUCAAUUUGUGGAUUCCUAUGAUCCACCAUUAAAGGGGUUACAGGAAGAUCUUAAUUUUGUCAGCCCUCGAAUUGGAGAGGUGUUGGAGGCUGUGGGUCCUGUUGUAUUUUUAUCUACUGAUACAAGGAAGCUAAGAAAUGAGGGUUUUCUGAGCCCUUUUCAUCCUCGAUAUCCUGACAUACUUACCAACUCGGCACAUCCAAUGAGGGCUCAAGACUUGGCAAAUGUUACUUGCUAUAGAGAAUGGGUGUUAUUUGGAUAUCUUGUGUGCCCUGAUGAGCUUCUUAGGGUCACAAGCAUCGACAUUGCUUUGGUUGUGCUGAAGGAAAACCUAGUUCUUACAUUAUUUAGGGAUGAGUAUAUAUUAUUGCAUGAGGAUUAUCAGUUGUAUGUUUUACCACGGAUAUUGGAAUCAAAGAAGAUGGCGAAGUAUGGGCGGACAAAGCAAAAGGAAGCAGAUCUGGAGUAUAGUGUUGCAAAGCAGGUGGAGAGAAUGAUAAGUGAAGUUCAUGAGCAAGCAUUAUUUUCAUGUGAUGCCAUACACCGUGAAAGGAGAAUUUUACUGAAGCAAGAGAUUGGAAGGAUGGUGCUCUUCUUCACUGAUCAGCCAAGUUUAAUAGCUCCAAAUAUUCAGAUGGUAUUUUCAGCCUUGGCCUUUGCUCAGAGUGAGGUGUUGUGGUAUUUCCAGCACCUUGGAAUAGCUUCAUCAAAAUCAAAAGCAGCCCGAGUUGUUCCAGUAGAAAUUGAUGCAAAUGAUCCUACUAUUGGGUUCUUAUUGGAUGGAAUGGACCAUCUUUGUUGUCUAGUGCGGAAGUACAUUGCAGCAAUUAGAGGUUACGCUUUAUCAUACCUAUCGUCAUGUGCUGGUAGAAUCCGCUUUCUGCUGGGUACACCGGGAAUGGUAGCUCUUGACCUGGAUGCAACCUUGAAAGGGCUUUUCAAGAGAAUUGUUCAGCAUCUAGAAAAUAUACCGAAGCCCCAGGGUGAAAAUAUUUCUGUCAUCACGUGUGAUUUAUCUGAGUUACGGAAGGAUUGGUUAUCAGUGUUGAUGAUCGUGACUUCUUCUCGGUCAUCUAUUAACAUUAGACAUUUGGAAAAGGCUACAGUAUCUACUGGAAAAGAAGGCUUACUAUCUGAAGGAAAUGCUGCAUACAACUGGUCCAGAUGUGUAGAUGAACUUGAAAAUCAGUUGUCAAAAUAUGGGAGUCUGAAGAAACUUUACUUCUAUCACCAGCAGCUUACAACUGUUUUUCGGAACACCAUGUUUGGGCCUGAAGGUCGUCCCCAACAUUGUUGUGCAUGGCUUGGUGUUGCUAGCAGUUUUCCUGAAUGCGCUUCGUCAGUUGUUCCAGAAGAGGUGACUAAAAUUGGUCGCGAUGCAGUUCUAUAUGUUGAAUCCCUUGUUGAAUCCAUCAUGGGAGGACUGGAAGGGUUAAUUAAUAUUCUUGACUCGGAAGGAGGAUUUGGCUCUCUGGAAACGCAGCUCCUCCCUGAGCAAGCAGCAAAUCUCAUGAACUUGACAUCCAGAAUAUCUGUUCCUUCAGCAAGAUCCCCAAAAGUGGCAUACGGUUUUCAGUUACCAGGCUAUGAGAGCUAUCCUGAAAAUGAUAAUUCUAUCAAAAUGUUAGAAGCUGCAAUGCAGAGGUUGACAAAUCUUUGCUCAAUCAUGAACGACAUGGAACCUAUCUGUGUUCUUAACCAUGUCUUCGUACUGAGGGAGUACAUGAGGGACUGCAUCCUUGGGAACUUCAAGAGGAGGUUGCUCACUGUUCUGAAAACUGAUAAUGAUCUUCAACGGCCUUCUGUGCUAGUAUCACUUAUUCGCAGACAUACUGCUAUUGUCCAUCUAGCCGAGCAACACAUCAGCAUGGACCUGACCCAGGGUAUUCGGGAAAUUUUACUUACAGAGACCUUCUGUGGGCCAGUGUCUUCUUUACACUUGUUUGAGAAACCAGCAGAACAGCACACUGGAUCAGCUACUGAAGCCGUGUGCAACUGGUAUGUUGAAAACAUUAUCAAGGAUGUCUCUGGUGCUGGUAUCCUCUUUGCACCAUUGCACAGUUGCUUUAAGAGCACUAGACCCGUUGGCGGGUAUUUUGCCCAGUCAGUGACUGAUCUUAGGGAAUUGAAAGCCUUUGUUCGUAUUUUUGGUACCUAUGGAGUUGACAGGCUGGACAGAAUGCUGAGAGAGCACACAGCUGCACUCCUAAAUUGUAUUGACACCUCGUUGCGGGCAAAUCGUGAGAAUUUGGAGGCAGUUGCUGGAAGCAUGCAUUCUGGUGACAGAACAGAAACAGAAGCAAAUAUUAAGCAGAUUGUUGAUAUGGACACAAUUGUUGGGUUUUGUAUUCAGGCAGGACAGGCAAUCGCUUUUGAUUCCCUUUUAGCAGAGGCUGCUGGUUCUGUGCUUGAAGAAGGUGCACCUUUGGUCCAUUCACUGCUAGCAGGCAUUGCUAAACAUUUACCUAAUGAAAUGCCUCAGAAGAAAGAGAUUCGGAGGAUGAGAAGAGUGGCAAACGGUGUUAAUUUAGUUGGAGACCAUGAUUCUGAGUGGGUUCGAUUAAUAUUGGAAGAAGUGGGGGGUGCAAGUGACGGUUCAUGGAACUUGUUGCCAUAUUUAUUCGCGACAUUUAUGACAUCUACCAUCUGGAACACUACUGCCUUCAAUGUUGACACUGGAGGAUUCAGCAACAAUAUCCACUGCUUGGCAAAGUGCAUUUGUUCAGUGAUUGCAGGUAGUGGAUUCGUCAGAAUUGAAAGAGAGUAUCAACAGAAACACACUCUCUCUAAUGGCCACGUCACCGAAACCUUUGACCCUGAGACAGAGAAUCAUUUUUCAGCAGAAGCUAGCAUAAAGUCCACAAUGCAGCUAUUCAUCAAGUGCUCUGCCGGAAUCAUUUUGGAUUCUUGGAAUGAAAGCAAUAGGUCUCAUUUGGUUGCAAAGCUGAUCUUCCUCGAUCAAUUAUGUGAGCUCUCGCCAUACCUACCGAGAAGCUUACUGGAAUCUCAUGUACCUUAUGCCAUCCUUCGUUCAGUAUACAGUCAGUACUAUUCGAAUUCUUCAACUCCACUGGCAUUAUUGAGUUCAUCCCCCCGACACUCCCCUGCCACAUCACUAGCACAUGCUUCUCCUGCAUUGAAGCAGCCGCAUGGAGAUUUUACUCAUGGCCAAGAUCAGUAUGAUACUGAAAAUGGUAGCAUGAGUACAGACAACAAACAUCGCAAUGUUAGGCGAUCUGGGCCCUUGGAUUAUAGCUUGAGUCGUAAGACAAAAUUUGUUGAAGGCUCAACAUCAAGCAGCACGGGUCCUAGUCCCUUGCCUAGAUUUGCAGUUUCAAGGUCAGGUCCAAUAUCAUACAAAUAA